CACCAGACAAGAUGGCGGAAGACGGAGAGAUUGACAUCGAAGGAGACUUUGAAUUUAAAUUAGAUGUGGACAGUGACAUAUAUGAUGAGCUUCCCUCAAAAAGUGCCAACUUGCUGCCAGAAUACACAAACCCCGCCUGGAUGCUCGAGCAGGGCUGGACUAUGGAUACAUUCGAUGAAAAGUCCAAAGCAACAAUUGAAAAGAUGCUUCAGGAGGAACACUAUUACACAAAUGGCAAGGGAAGUCCGAGGCGAGUAAAGAACCCACGACUGCUGUCCAAGAAGUCUCAGAUACAGAAACAGCCAUGGACUGAAGACGAGAAAAUCAUGUUUGAAAAAUACUUGGAAGUGUUUGGGAGAAGCUGGUCAAAGAUAGCUGAACUUAUGCCAAAUAGGACAAGUCUGCAGGUCAAAAACUAUGCCCAGCAAUACUUUAAACAAAAAGCAAAGGAGGAAAGUAAACCGAUGGAGCCUUGUGUCAGCCUAUCUACCGUGCCUUCAACGUCCAGCGAAGCGGACAACUCUGUGAAAAAUGUUCUAAGCCUGGUCACCACAGCUCAAACCACAGUCACCACAGUUACCAAGCAGAGGAUCUCCUCCCCAAGCAAAGGCAGCAUGCUAGCCAAAAUGCUGAUCAACCACAGCGCCUCCAAGUGCAGGGAGACCAGUAAGCCAGGCAACCAGGGUAGCCCGGGAGUGCCAAAAGUGUCUGAGUCUCUAGGAAGGAAGAGAGAGACCACAGCAAAGUCUGUCCAUAAACCCAUAGUUACCAAACAUAGAAAGACAGAGACUGCCCCUAAAGUACCAAGCAAAGUCCAGAUAACUGUGAACCCUGUGUCUGGGUCAAUCUCCAGCACACAGUCCAUGCCUAAGCCUAACCCCUCAAGUCUCCAGGUGGUCACCCUCUCCAGCAGUGGGAUCGGACAACUAAGUCCAUCGCUGGAGUCACGUCUACAGCAGUCCACCGGGGUCAUAGAAAACCUGGACCGCUUCUGUGCUGUAGCAGACAUUGUUGCAGAGGACGAGGAUGAAGAUGAGGAUGGAGAGAUAGACAUAGAAAAUGAGGAUGAAGAAAACCCCAUCCUUAAAUCUCGAUCCGCAUCCCCAAAUUCAGUGUAUGAACAACUUAUCCGUGCUGCCAAUCUGAACAAAUCACCGGAGAAAGUCAGAAACAAGGAGGUUCUGAUAGAGCCUGAAAAAUCUCCAGAGGUUGCAUCAAAUCAAAAUGAGGCUGUUUCCCCACAGAAUGCUGAAAAAGAGGCUGAAAUGAUUCAGGACACUCCAGAUAUAGCCCAGGAACUCUAUAAGCAAAAAUCAAGCAAUAGUGUUGUGUUGUGGAAUGGUGAGGUAAUGGAUUUACCAAUCCCGACACAGGAAGUAGUCGUAGACCAGGAACUGGUUACAGAGGAGGAACGUCAUAUCCAUGCCGACUUUUUUGAUGGACGACCAUCUAAAACUCUGGAACGUUAUUUAAGAAUAAGAAACUAUAUUUUAGAUACUUGGAAAAAAUGUAAACCAGGGUACCUAAACAAAACAUGUGUCCGACCUGGACUGAAGAAUUGUGGUGAUGUCAACUGUAUAGGAAGAAUUCACACCUACCUGGAAUGUAUUGGGGCCAUUAAUUUUGGUUGUGAACAAGCCUGUUACAACCAGACAUCAAAGCCGACCCUACAGCUGUGCAGAGAUCGACCUUCACGGGACGCCAUUAUCAAGGUCAACUUCUCCAAGCUGGAGUCCAUGCGACCAAGAAAACGGAGAAUAAGGAAUGAGUAUGGACAGUGGGUGGAUGAAAAGGAGCUACAGGGUAAAACUAUACAGCAUCAAGAGAAGGCUGCAAUAAAAGAGAACCAAGCUAAAGUUCCCAAAAUGCCCAAGGUUCCUUUCUUGGAUCCAUUCAAACUCGUUCCCUGUCAUCAUUUCUCUCAGGAGAAACCGGCUCCGUUUUAUGUUGAAAUACACAACACAGCUCUGAUCAUCAUGGAUAUCCAUGCUCAUGUAUCCAAAACAGAGGUCAUAGGAAUGUUAGGGGGUUGUUUCCAUGGAGACGACCAGCACUUGGAGAUCACCAUGGCAAUUCCCUGUAACAGCAUCAGCACCGGUCUCCAGUGUGAGAUGGACCCAGUGUCUCAGACAUUUGCCUGUGAGGAAAUCAACAACAACAGAAUGAAUGUGGUGGGAUGGUACCACUCACAUCCGACCUUUAACCCCAACCCAUCCAUCCGUGAUAUCGAGACGCAGCUCAAAUUUCAGGACUACUUUGCUCAGGGUGGUUUCUCCUUUAUUGGUGUUAUUGUGAGUCCUUAUAACAGAACCUCGCCAGGAAUGUGUUCCGAGUUCCAGUGUCUGACCAUCAGCUCCGAGAUCAGACCCGUCGACAAGUGCAAUAUGCCCUACUCUUUUAAUUACGGGAUGAUCAUGCAGCCGCUUCAGUCCGAGCUUGUGAUGCGAAGCAUUAACAUGCUGGCCGAGAAAUACAGUCAUGAUAGAAACCGCGUGGAGCUCCUACAACCAUACCUGGGGGACACUUCCUGUCUGAGCAAGAUGCUGGAGUCACUAAAAGACUCGCUAGAGCCUAAUUCAGAGGAGUCCACACAGUUUUUAGAAAUUGUCAGCGAGAUCUUCAUAAUGGCAUUUGGGCCUGGGAAAGUUGAGGCGAGAGCGGUCCCAGAUCCAGAACUCCUGGUCAGCCCUCCUGAUGGCUGACAACUUCAUAAGGGCAGUGGCAGUGGUGGGGUAUACAUGUAUAAAGGGGUGUCUUGUUAGCUAUGUGAACAAUAUUCAAAGUUUGAUAAAUGCAUGUUAAUGACAAAUACUUUGUGCCAGUAUUUCUUGGACAACGGAAGUAAUGCUGACGAUUUGUAUUCCCGUUCUGUAAGCUUUCAAAGGUUGCUUUUGUUAAUUUAUUAGUUUGCUUUGUUGUUUAUUUUAUUUUGUUUUUUAAAUAAACAAGAUCAUCUUAUUGACA